CGCUGCCAUUGAAUCAAUACAAGAAAUAGAGCAAACGUCGCUUUGUUGUGACGCAGAUGUGUGCAUGACAUUGGUGUGGCGUGAAUGAUCUGAGCAGGUCGGGAUGGCCCUGUCGUUGUCCGGGGUGAUUUUGCCCAAACUGAUGCAGCAGAGGGCUUUCAGUGUCUCAGCAGCUGUGGCCGCUAUUCAGAAGUUAACACGCGUGAGGGUGGUCGACAACAGUGCUCUUGGAAAUGCCCAUCACCACCGUCCACCAAAAGUCAUUCACGUAUACACCAAGAAUGGAAUCGGUAAAGUGGGAGACAGAGUCUUACUGGCCAUUAAAGGACAGAAGAAAAAAGCUCUCAUAGUGGGUCACAAGAUGCCUGGAGCUCGAAUGACCCCACGCUUCGACUCAAAUAACGUGGUUUUGAUCGAAGAGAAUGGAAACCCCACAGGAACAAGAAUAAAAGCUCCUAUACCAACACAUCUGCGCAAAAUGGAGGGGGAAUACUCUAAACUGUUAGCCAUUGCUCAGCGAUUUGUUUAAAUUGGUGUUUUUGUAUUCUGGGAGGGCAAAUCCUAAAAUAUGUCUCCUGUAUUUAACUACUUAUCUUUGUAAAUAUAACAACAAUUCUUCAUGCCAUUCAGGAAAUUAGCUUUCAUGAUUAAUGUGGAAUUAUUUGUAAUAAAAUAUGUGGAUGAAA